UUUGUGGAGAAACGUUAUUUUAAUCUUCUCUCCUUAAUAAUGGAUUAAAUUUAAAGUUAAUUAAAUAAAGUUUCGUGACUCUCUUUCACUAUUGUAGACCGAGUACAUUGCAGUGCAAUUUUCAUAAAUUAUUCGUCCUGAAACUUGCUGAUCUGUGGGUCUACGUGAGUUGGUUGACAUGAGCACGGUUAAAUAAACUACUCGACAUAAAUGCUUAGAAAAUAGUCGAGCAGUUUGUUGUGUUUUUGUUUUCAGGCGCGCCAAUUUUGGUUUCUCACGUGUAAACAAAUUCGUCAAAAGUACGUAAAUUAACCGGCACUGGAAAUGGAACCGGGAAUAAUUCGCAAACUCGACGAAGUGGUUGUCAACCGGAUUGCUGCCGGUGAGAUUAUUCAGCGGCCGGCAAAUGCACUAAAGGAAAUGAUGGAAAACAGUCUGGACGCAAAGGCCACGAGCAUCCAAAUUACGGUCAAAGCUGGUGGUUUACGUUCGCUCCAGAUUCAGGACAAUGGAACCGGUAUACGGCGCGACGAUUUAGCGAUUGUGUGCGAACGGUUUACCACAUCCAAGCUGCAAUCUUUCGACGACCUUUCGUCGAUCAGUACGUACGGAUUUCGUGGUGAAGCACUGGCCAGUAUCAGCCAUGUGGCGCAGCUAACGAUCGUGACGAAAACCAAGAGUGAAAAGUGCGGCUUUAAGGCCUGCUACGAGGAUGGCAAGCUGAAGGGUGACAUUAAACCGAUCGCUGGUAAUCAAGGCACCCAGAUUACGGUAGACGACCUGUUCUACAAUGUGCCGAUGCGUAAGCAGGCGCUCAAAACACCGAACGAAGAGUUCCAGCGCAUUUCGGACGUGGUCAGUAAGUACGCCGUGCACAAUCCGCAGGCGUGUUUCACCUUGAAAAAGUUCGGAGAACCGGCAUCGAUUCGAACGCUACCAAAAUCGACAAUCGCGCAAAACAUCAGUGCAAUCUACGGGGCGGCGAUCGGGAAGGCUUUGGUGCCGAUCGCAACGAAGGACGAUAUUCUGCAACUCUCGGUGGACGGGUACGUGACGAAUGUGAACUUUUCGCUUAAGAAAGGUAUCUCGCUUUUGUUCAUCAAUCACCGGGCGGUAGAAUGCAGUGCGAUGAAGAAAGCGAUCGAUGCAAUCUACUCGCUGUACCUACCCAAGGGAAGCGCUCCGUUCGUGUACCUCUCGCUGGAAUUAAGUCCACAGAACGUAGACGUAAAUGUGCAUCCAACGAAGCACGAGGUACACUUUCUGCACGAGGAGGAAAUCAUUGAGAAGGUAAAGUUGCUCGUCGAAAAAGCUUUACUCGGUGGAAAUGCGGCACGUUCCUACACGCAAGCACUACUGCCCGGUGCAAAUCAACCAUUGGACACGACGAAAGCAAACGAAUCAAUGGUGAGUGCGGACGAUAAGCCUCGGUUGGAUUACAAACUAGUGCGCACCAGUCACAGCGAGCAAAAGCUGGAGAAAUUCUUCAAUAUCAGCGGCAACGGAGGUGGCGUGCAGUUGAAGGAAGAUGAACCAAAGGAUAAGAAAACAUUGGAACCCAAACUCACACAACCUUCGCCGUCGAGAAAGAGAAAAACUGUUAGAAAGGAAACGAGGCUAACCAGCAUCCACACGCUUCGACAGCAGAUCGAGUCGGAUGGGGACGAUAAUUUGCGCAAGAUAUUCCGCGAGCUCACCUACGUCGGUACGAUCGAUCGGGAACAGGUCCUAAUACAGUACGACACAAAGAUGUACCUUGCCAAAACGCAACCACUUGCGGCGGAACUGUUCUAUCAGCUACUACUCUUUAAUUUCGGUAACUUCGAACGGUUAACCUUCUCCGAACCGCUCGAACUGAAACGUUUGGUUCAUCUUGCACUGGCCGAUCCAAGCAGUGGCUACACGGAAGAGGACGGACCGGUGGACGAGCUGGCGGAUGUUAUCGUGGAGAAACUUGUUGAUAAAGCUCCAAUUUUGAGCGAUUAUUACAAUCUUUCCAUCCGGAAGGAUGGUUACCUGGAGUCGUUACCGAAACUGCUUGACAACUACAUACCCUCGGUGGUGUUUCUCCCAAUGUACAUCGUACGCUUAGCCACAGAUGUGGAAUGGGACGAUGAGAUGGAAUUCUUCCAGACAUUUAGCCGCGAAACGGCGCACUUUUUCUCGCGCAUUGCACUCACGAAACCCACCAAAGAGUACCGAUGGGAGCUGGAGCACGUAAUAUAUCCGGCCGUACGAAACCAGCUCAUUCCACCGAAAGAAUUCUCCAAAAACGGUUGCCUGCUACAGCUCGCUAGCCUUCCCGAGCUGUAUCGCGUGUUUGAACGUUGCUAAGUAUACGUUGGGUUUUGUUUAUGUUUCAAAUAAAUACUCUUAUUGUAAACGAA